AUGCCGGUUCGCUUGCUUCGCUGUGUUCGGAUUCGCUUCUCUGUUCUUACAGGUGCUUCGAAUGCCUACUGUGUGGUAGAACUCGAUGAGCCCUACCAACGGCACACUACGCACGUGGUGGCCUAUGGGGCCCAACUCUUCUGGGAUCAGCAUCUCCUCUUUGACUUGAAUAGGAACUCCAAACGGGCUGUAUUCGAGGUGUUUGAAAUUGGGAAAAAGAAAAGUGAGUCAUCUGAACAUCGAAUUUAUACAGAUCUUUAUAUGAUGCCUAUGACAUUGGGCUUGAAAAUAAUAUCGUCUUUCUGUUGUCACUUCUUGUCUCUUAUUAUUUGUUGA